AUGGCGCUUCGCUCGCCGGAGCUGCGCUUCGCCGCCUCCACAGGGCUCGGCGCGCUCUCCCGGCCCAGCCGCCUCGCUCCUUCCCCCCUUGCCGCGCUCGCUUCGCCCCGCCGACGCCGCCGCGGCCCGUCCCCUUCCCCUUCUCCCUCGCCCUCCGACUCCAACCCCUCGACCGCCUCCGCCGUCCCCGAUCGGGCCGAGGUCUGUGUAGGCGACGCUGACGGGCCGGAAUGGAAGAAGGUCAGCGCGAAGCGGUUCGGGUACAAGGAGUCCAUGAUCCCCGAUGAGGCAUGGAACGUCCUCCACCGACUCCGUAGCAGAGGAUAUGAUGUGUACUUGGUUGGUGGUUGUGUUCGAGAUCUCAUAAUGAAGAAAAUCCCAAAAGAUUUUGACAUAAUAACAACAGCUGAUCUUAGGCAGGUGAAAGACACCUUUGUAGGAUCAGCUGUUAUAGUAGGAAGGCGGUUUCCCAUAGUUCAUGUACAUGACAAUAAUUCCAUUGUUGAGGUGUCAAGUUUUAAUACUUACGUUCGAGGGUCAAGUGGCAAUCAAAUGCCCACUUCAAAGAACCCACAUUGUAGCAAGAACGAUUAUUUACGCUGGAAAAACUGCCAAGGGAGGGACUUCACUAUAAAUGGAUUAAUGUUCAAUCCAUAUUCAGAAAAGAUCUAUGACUACCUGGGUGGCAUUGAAGAUAUUAAGAAAGCUAAGGUUCGUACUGUCAUUCCUGCCGCCACUUCGUUCCAUGAGGAUUGUGCUCGUAUUCUACGUGCAAUCAGAAUUGCUGCUCGAUUAGGAUUCAGCUUUCCCAAAGAAACAGCUUAUUAUGUGAGAAAUCUUGCCUGUUCUGUGGCAAGACUUGACAAGGGAAGGUUACUCAUGGAGGUUAACUAUAUGCUUGCUUAUGGUUCAGCUGAAGCUUCUUUAAGGUUGCUUUGGAGAUUUGGUCUUCUUGAACAUUUAUUGCCCUUUCAGGCUGCAUAUUUUUCUUCAACUCUUUUUAAGAGGAAGGAUAAUGGGACUAACAUGUUGCUGGUCCUAUUUUCUAAGCUGGAUAGUUUUCUUGCACCUAACAGGCCAUGCCAUAAUAGUUUAUGGAUAAGCAUUUUAGCGUUCCAUGAGGCAUUGGUACGCAAACCACGGGAUCCUUUGGUGGUGGCUACUUUUGCACUCGCUGUAUACCUUGGAGGUGAUCUGCCACUGGCAGUGGAUAUUGGACAAUCAAUCAACCGUCAACAUGAUGCUGGGUUUGCAGAGCUCUUGGAACCACGGAUGUGGGGCAAAAAAGGGUUAUUAGCUGAGGUAAAAGACCUUGCUAUCUCAAUGAGGCAGGCAUUAACUGAAAUGACUGACGAGUAUUAUGUUGCAAAUGCUAUGGCGAAAAUCCCUCAAGCACCGUCCUCAGAUCUUGUAUUUAUCCCGCUACAAGCAUACUUGAAGGUUCUCAAAUUAAUUGAGCGUGUUCAACAUGGAAAAAAGGAGAUUGGUUAUGAACCAAAAAGCGAUGGAAAUAUCGAUUAUCACAAUUUAGCAAAUGGUACACCUGCUGAGGUAAGAAAUCUCUUCACGCUGGUUGUCUUUGACACGAUAUACCCCCCGAACCUGGUGAAAGAAGAUGACAGCUCUAGAAGAUGA